AUGGCCGAGCAACUAUUUCCACAACUAGAGCGUCCCUUGCCGCAACUUCCCUCCCUUCACUACACACUCUACGCCUACCGCGAGGAGUUGCGACGCCGGGAUGCGCCCUUCAUGAAAAUGUCCACCAUCAAGCUGCAUCUGACGGAUAACCUGAUAUUGCAGACGAUCAAGAACAUUCGGCAGUACGACACCAUUGAGAUUAUGAAUCUCAAUCGGGAGAUCGUGUUCAAGCGCAAGCUAUAUAGACAGAUGCGCAAGGUACGCAAGUUGGAGAAACUCGGACUAAACAUCGAUCCACGGAAGCUCAACGAGGUGCAGUGGCAGUGA